GUUGGUAGAUAUGACGGUAACAAAGCAGCUCACUCCAUCUUCCUGAGGCUCCACAUACAGAUCAUCACCGAUCCUGGACAGAGAAUGGACCGCUUUGGCCAACACUGAACGUGUGUAAGAUCUGAGGAACGCUGCUGUGCACCGUGUCUCCUCCCAACGCCAGUGAUAUAAGUGGUUGCUGGAGAAGAGGAGUGACUAAUCUUUUUGUAUCGAAACAUUUGGUGAAAGGGCGUUUUAAACGGAUACAAGACGACGAAAGUCAGAAACCUUUAUAUGUUGGACUCCAAAGCAUCCGAAAGGGAGAAAGAUUUCUGCUGCAAUUUUUAAGGAUCACGAAGGUGCAGAGACAGCGUGACAGCGAAACAUCCAUGAGGAGAAACAAUCUACAAAUGGAAAAACAUUCUGUCACGGAAAAUUAAACUUAAAAAGGUAGGCCUGCUUUUAUAUUUGCAAUGAGAAACUUUUACAAUGAUGGAAAAAGAUUGGAACAUUCAAAAAGAGGACAGACGUCAUCGUAGGAGUCUUCUUGACAGGACUUGGACAAAGUGCUGACAUGAUUUACAGACAGGUAAUUUCCUCUGUCAUGUUAUUCAGCCCCUUUUUACAGCAACUCAUCACAUCACUGUGUGGAAUCUAUCCUUGUUUAGCCGGAUAUUCUGUAGUGUUCGCAACUGUUUCUGUCACUUCUGGAUUUGGUACGUCGCAUUUUCGUUCCUAGAUGUCUCAGCCACAUAAUUCAACAGACACUCAGGCCUUGGUGCAGUCCAUGCUGCAGAGACUGAAGCUGCAGCCGGGCAGAGAGAACCAGUCGUACCUGUACUCACAUGCAGCCAUCACAGCUGCUUCCACACAGCGGCAAAAUGGCCAAAGUGGAGCAUUCAGCCUCCAGAAAGGGAGCAGUGACUUCAAAUUUGCUGCCAAUGGUAUCCCCUCUAAAGAGUUUGGGAUCUCUGCUGCUGAUGGUUUCAAAGGUGGUAAAAUACAGCGACCUGAUCAUGGCAAUGAAGCGAACAGCGCUCCGAUUUUCUUCAACUCCCAGAAAGACAACAGUGAUGGUGAGAACAGGGUGGGACAGGUCACACAGCCUGGGAUCACCCCAACAGGAACAGGGCAGCUGUUUCCUACUAAAUCACUUAAGGAUGCUGAUAUCACUUCCUUUGAGGCGACUGAUAGGGACAGAGCACAUUUUGGCAGUUCAGGAAUGACAGUUCACACCCCUCAAAAUACAGAUACUGUCUCAAGCAUGGGCCAGAGUCAGAAGCAGGACCAAAGCUUUACACCCAGAGUCUACGUCUGGUCCUUGAAAAGCCCAGAGACAGAAGCUGAAGGGAAUCAAGUGUUUCAUAUGGGAAAUGGAGGACUUGCAGGUUUGACACAAGAUGCACAAAGCACAACAAACAGCACAUUGAGGAGAAAACAGCGAUCAUCUGAGAAUAAAACGCGAAGAUGGACGCAGAAGAUUAAGGAGAGAUGGAGAGACAGACCGGGGAGUUUUGGCAAAAAGGGGAAAGAAGAAGGAGGGACAGCAGAGCAGAAGAAUGAGCAAAGCACUGAAACUUCACCCACAAACCGAGCAUCAACAGGAGAAAAUGUCAUCGGCACAUCAAAUAGGGAUGGAGAAAGGAGCUUCUCUUCACUGGACAGCAGUGGUCCCAGUAAAACACUCACAGAGGACAGCACUGAUGCACACGUCAGAUCUACAAGUGACUUUGACUUGGGCCUCGGGUCAUUCAGCCUGUUGGAGGAGAUUGUCAAGGAUCAAGAGUGGGCUAAGUUCCUAAACCCCAACCUUUCAUCCACCCCUGCAACUCAUGCUCCAUCAGAAGAGCUGCUGAGACAAACCAAAAUCCAACCAAAUCCUCAAGAUAGUAUCCAGUCACCAGGGAUUUUAAACCAGUUCGGAAGUGGAAGCAACCGGUGGAGCUUCAGGAGUUUCGAGUCGUCUCCAACGUCAGUUUUCAGUGUGACGCAAACAUCACCUGAAGCUUUCUCACCUGUCAGCAUUGACGUUUCAGAAGGACAACAACGGAGUGCUCACAGAGAGGCUGACCAAUCAGAGCCAAUGGAGGAUGGCCAUAACCAAUCAAGACUGCAGCAACUUAGAACUCAGUUAUUUACAGAGCCAGUAGAUAAUCUGUACAACUCAGCCUUGAAGAGCAGAGUUUCCUCCAACAGGAAGAGACAGCAUCAGUCAGCUGAGAGGAGUGACAGACUUCAGACCGAGAAAACGAGAGAUGGAGAAGUGGCUGAUAGAGAAGGGUCCAUUUCUUCACUGAGCCCAACUGGCAGCCAUGUGAUGGAUGGAACAGGAGAGUCACAACACAAUACCGUCACACCUUUAUACAGCCUAAACUCUCCAUCCUUUCCUAAACCUUUUGAUCCUACACCUCGGGGUGUCCUCAAACACUCCAUAUCCCAGGAUUCAGAGUCCUCCAUGGAAACUCUAUCUAAAAGGAGACGAGUUGAGGAGAACCGCCGGGUUCGCUUCUUAGAGGAGGUGGUGACCAUAGAACCUCCAGAGCUGGAUCUGGAUGCUACAGACUCAGAGGAGGACUUGGGAGCAGAUGAGGACUCUUUGACGGAGCAGGAGUGUGACGUGGAGCCAGCAGCGAUGGAGGAGGCGGCUCCAGCCCGUCGGCCGGCUCUCCCCGCCUGGAUACAAGCUCUGAAGAGGAGAAACACAGGGAGGAAACACAGAUAGUGACUGUAAACCCAUAACAAGGAGCAUCAAAGACUUCUUUUUUUAUAUCAAAAUUAAUGAAAAAAACAAAUAAAUUUGGUACUAUAUUUAGUCUCAAACGCAGAUUCCAAUGACAGUAUUUAAACAGGUGUUAUCACACCACAUUCUUGCCUCACCUUUUUGGGAUUUAUUUUUUUAAUUUCUAAAACAUAUAAUUUUUAGUCUUCAAUGACAAAUAAUACCAAGACACGAUAAGUGUUUCCUGCACAGUGCAAGCUCACUGAAUGGACUUCAUCCUGGAAACCUUCAUGUGUUUUAUUGCUCCUCGUUGCACUUCAAACACUGUUUUGUUGAGCAGCAACUAUUUAAGGAGAAAAAGAUCAGAGUGGCAUGUCAGACAGCCAGCAGAGGUUCAAACCAAGCUCUGUGCUGAUUAAGCAUCAGCUGUCAUCUUAAUUGAACGCCCCUCUGUCUGUGGACUGGAUUAUGUACUGCUGUGACACAACAGCUCCAUGUGCUGCAAGACAUUGGCUGAUUUGGUUGCUGGAGUAAAUAUUCUUCCACCAUCUCUUCCAGCUCUUUUUGGAGGUAUUGUGCAUCCUCCUUCUUGAGUUUCACGCUGGACAGCAGCAGACAACUUAACUGGUUUGCUGUCUGUGUCACAGACUCACUCCCCCAUAUCCUGUCUCUUCUUAAUGGCUCCCUGUCCGGCCAUCACGAAAAUUAACCCCAGAGGAGGAAAGAUAUGUGAGUUGGCGCUGAAGUUGUGGUCAAUGACAAUCAGCAGUUUCUCCUCAGUCAUUUGCUUGCUGGGGUCAGAGAGAAGCCCCCUGAGCACCGAGUUUCCUCAUCUGAAGUAUCGUUUUUUUACUGUCAUCAUCAUUAAAGCUCUCAUCAGUCAUCACUUAAAGAAAUAUUACUGGCCUCUGUGACGUUUUUACUGUCGCUGCAGUUAUGUUUCCAUGUGGAUGUGGCAACAUGGGAGACUGAGGAUGUGCAAGCUUGAGACAAGUAUUAAAGGAAUAGGUCACCAGUUUUGGAAAUAUGCUUAUUUGUCCUCUGUCAGUGAGUUAGAUGCAUGUGUAAUCCAGGGUCACACCUGGCCAAGAAAUGGGCAUGUUAGUUUUGCAUCUCAGUUUUCAUAUUUACUUAAGUAGUCUGACUGACCAGAUGUAGUUUCUAUGUGUAAGCCUCCCAUACCCUUUUAAAUCCCCUUCUGCUAUUUGCUACAUUAUUACAAACAAAUCCUCUUCACAGUGGGACACAAUUACAACCAUCUCAGAGGCAGCAACCAACACGCUUAAGAUUUUAAAUUUUGCCAAAGUUUUGGAUAGUGCAAUAAAGCAGCUGUGCUAGUUUUUUGUUGUUGUUUUGAGUUUUUUUUGUAGUUUUUAUCAGUGAAUUGGCAGUGCUCACAUCCUUACAUCCAAAUGUCUCCUGUGUCACGAUUUUGACAAUGUUCCUUCCUCCACCAAGGCCAAACUGUGAUUUAUUUAAAGAAAUACAAACACAACAGAGCCUUUUUUACCCUGUAACAGAAUGAUAAUGAGAUGCAGUCAGAUCAUUCUACACUUCGCUGUUAAUGUUACAGAAUGGUAGGAUUACAGUAAUAAGUUAAUUAGUGCACUUUAUAUGUGCUGGUAGGUAUGUUUUGCUACCUCUGGACUAAGCCAGGUUAGCUGUUUCCUCUUUUCUUCCAGUCUUUGUGCUAAGCUAAGCUAACCAGCUUCAUUAUUUAAUCCAAGGAUCAUAUGACAUCGUCUAUGAUUUCUUUUUUUCCCCGUAUUUUUAAAUUUUUAAAAAUUUAAUAAAGUAGUUACACUUGUCCGAGAACUGAGAGAAAGUUUGUUUUUUUCAGACGAGCUGCAGCUUUGCUUCUAAGAGUGACCGAGGGCAUCAUUCAAAGAGACAGAGCACUUAAUAGCACUUUGUACCAUAUUCUGUCAUUUCCAUUACAUGCAUUAUAUUCAUUUGUGUUAUUAAGUUAGUACAUGAAACUUUGUGGCUAACUGCUGUCAAUUCCUCCAGGGCCUCCCUUCAUGGACAUCCUCUCUCAUAAAUCACUGUCAGACCCACAAAGAGGCUCUUUAGCUCAUCUCUUAGUGCCCCAGUCAGUUUAGUGAAAUGAGUGAGGGGGCACAGACAGAAAGGAUUUGAAAAUCUGUGGUAUGAGUGUGAGAGAGAGAAAGUGUAAGACAGUGAUGUGCAUAAAUGUAUGAAAUGGAAAUCUGGGAGUAAAGCAGAGAAAUAAAUGGAAAAAAUGAGA